GCAGGUCAUGCCGGUCGAGAACUUUGGUGGAAUGGCGUUGGGUGGUGACGUUGAGACAGACCAUGCACAAAUGGGGAAAGCUGGUUUAGGCGCAAUUGUAAAGAGAAGGAAGAAAGCAAAGCGUGCCGAGGAUCUCAAAGACCAAGGCAUCAUCAUCUCCAACUACAUGGCUCUAGGGGGGUGGGAGUGGGCUCUGUAUGUAGUUGCACUGCGUAGUGUGUAUCUGGUGAAUGAGAACACCAUCAUCCAACAGGUGGCCUCUCUCUGUGUAGUCGCCCCCAUUCUGUCCAUCACGUACCGCUACUUCAGGACUUGGCUGUGCAUGAGCAUGGACGUAGUUGCGCUCGUAUGCGCAACGCAGGCACGGGCACGUGUGCUGAUGGUGUACUGUCUGGUGCUGCUGGUCUUUCAUAUCAUUACGGUGAUGAUUAUUCAAGUCAAGCGAGCGGCGCUCUUUCCUGUGGUCAUCACACUGGCCAUGGCAGCAGCUGGUGCGUUAAUACAUGCUCUGCAGACUAAUGAGUCCGAUGAGGAAUUGGGCGAUUUGUACGAAGAGGCCCUAAUACUAGAUACGCUGGAGUACAUUAACUCCAUCUUCGACAAGUUUGCGCACAGUUAGCAACGGUUUGUUCUACUGGGCGGCGAAUUAAACACGUUUAACAUUUGCCUUGAUGCAGUGUCUUAUGUUAAAUUAAAAGCGAACGUGGCGAGUAAAUAGUGACCGUCAGUUCACAUGAGGUACAUCAGCCGUGCCCAGCAUAUUAUUAAAUCAAACAACGCAGAGUACUAUAAGCUUAGUUCUGUGACCAAGUUGAGGGUAUUAAAUGAUUGAGGAAGGUGAUCUGAAAAC